CGCUCUCUCACUUUUGCUCUCUCUCCCCUCUUCUCUUUCUCUCUCUCUGCUAAUCGUAUAAGCGUCGUUCAUCCGCAGUCGGAGGCGGAGCAUCAUUCUUCUCCGACGUCGGUGCUGGCGCUGGAGGCGGUUCCUCGCCGACGUAAGUGUAAAGAGAGAAAGAGGGGAAAUAGAGAGAUAAUUAGGGUUUGCAGAUCACCGUUUAAAAUGAAAGGGGGUCCGGCGUCGCAACCGUCGACCGCCUCAGUGGGCUCGACAAACCGAUGGGGGCAUGGCUUGGUGGCGCAACUGUGGUGGUGAGGAAUCAUCAGAGUAGUGAAUUGAAGGGAAAUUGGGUUAAUUCUUUCUCGUGGACGUGAGGAAUUAGGGCUUUUUUGUGCGAUUGGAUUUUGGUGAAGGGUGAAUUUGAUUGGUGAUGAAGAGCUUGGUGGCGACGGCGUCUUCCACGGCCAGGGCCAAUUGAUUAAUAUCAAUAUUGAGUAUUUUGGUACCGAUGAACUGCUGCACUACAUUUGUCAGAGAGAAAAGGGUGUAUUGACUAUUGAGUGCUCUUUUUGGCUGAAUUGCAUCCAGUCAUCGUAUUGUUUGUUAAUGGUGUGAAUUCCAUGGCUAUCUUCACUGAGCAAGUCGCAGAUUUAUCUGAGCAAACAUCAUGAAUUCCUGAAUGGAGGGAGUAGCUCUAAAUUGGUACCUUAACUUUUCAUUUAAUUUGUGAUAUAUAUAUAGAAUUAAUAAAUGAUGCAGGUUGGUGGUAGUUUUCUUCUGGGUGCUGUAUGUGAGAUAUCAUGUCGGCGUAACGACCAAUGAGAUGCUGGCUGUUCCCAAGUCGCCCUUUGUUGCGAUUGGCUUUCUUGAAUUCCUUUCUUCUAUAUGCGGGAUGUAUGCCGGAGCCAUGCUUCCGGGACCAGCCAUACCCUUAUUAUAUCAAACAUUCUUGGCUUGGCAACUGGUCUUUUCUAGCCUCCUGUUGGGUAAAAGAUACUAUUUGAACCAAAUUAUGGGAUGCUUUCUUGUGGCAGCUGGUGUCGUAGUUGCGGUUUCAAGGGUUGGUAUGCAGCUACUGCGAGAGGCAAAAACACAAGCAGUAGAUUAUCUGAUCCUGUUGAUUGUCGGAGCUUGCUUGGGCUCACUCAUCAAAGCGAAUGAUGAAACCUUCGGUUUUAGUGCUUAUACAUAUACGAUUAUUUCUGUUUAAGAUUAAGUAUUAGGGAUCUGAUCUCCAACACUCCUGUUUACAGUUCAGCUACUGAUGUAUCAGGAGAGGGACUGAGUUUGGUGUUGAGGCGAUGGGCUAGCAAGAAAAUGGCCGGAUCUACGAAAAAUGGCCGUGACUCAUUGCCCAAGCUUUUCAUCCUGUUUGGUGAAAAAGGUUGCUAGACAUGUUGAAAGCUAAAAACAAGUUCUUGUGUUUUGAUUGCUUAGAUGUAAUAUGUUGUCAUUGACUGCAGCACUGAAUUGAGUUAUGCUUAAUAGGGUGUUAGUAUUGUCUCAAUCGAAAUAAUACAUUGCAAUAGUGAGUGGUGUGAAUUCCAUGAUAUUAUUGUAUUUAAAUGGUGAUUUUUGGCGUCGA